UGUAAUUUAGAGAGAAUGAGGGCGAUCAGUUCCACUUAGAUAACCACAAGGCAAUAAACCCCCCUCCCUCCCCAGGCUAGGGCUGACCUUAGGGCUUGAACUGUGUAAUCACAUGACCAGCUCGUAAACUGACCUAAGAGAGGAAGGGUCCCUGUCCUUUCCAGUCCUCAUAGUCAGAAUAGGCAAUUCAAGCAACAGGAGAGUGCCCAUCAUGCUGCUGGUUUCAUUGUAAUAUUCUCAGCUCCAUGGCAGCAACCAAGCUCAGUCGUACAGGCAUGAGAUGGACACAUGGGAAGAUGACCGCGUUGACCAGAGGGCGUGCCUUAUCUGUGGGGAUCGUGCCACAGGACUGCAUUAUGGCAUCAUCUCUUGUGAGGGGUGCAAAGGAUUCUUUAAGCGCAGCAUCUGCAAUAAGAGAGUAUACCGAUGCAGUCGCGAUAAGAAUUGUGUCAUGUCGCGAAAGCAGAGGAACCGUUGCCAGUACUGCCGCCUCCUUAAGUGCCUCCAGAUGGGAAUGAAUAGAAAAGCUAUUAGAGAAGAUGGAAUGCCUGGUGGAAGAAACAAAAGCAUUGGUCCUGUACAGAUUUCUGAUGAGGAGAUAGAAAGGAUUAUGUCUGGUCAAGAGUUUGAGGAAGAAGCCAACACAUCAUGGAGUAACAACGGUGAUAGUGACCACAGUUCUCCAGGCAAUGUAGUGUCUGAAAGUAACCAGCCUUCUCCAGUGUCCACACCUUCCUCCAGUAGAUCAGUGGAACUAAAUGGAUUUGGUUCUCUUCGGGACCAGUAUUUGGGCACUCCUGCACCAACGCACUAUCAAUACCUACCUCACCUAUUUAGCUGCUCCACUCAUUCUGCUAUAAUACCAUCCCAAACCCGAAGUCUGGACCCUCAGUCGCACACCCUCAUCAAUCAGCUACUGGCUGCAGAAGACAUGGAACCACUAAAUACCCCUAUGCUGAUCGAAGAUGGGUACAAAGUAACACAAUCUGAGCUGUUUGCUCUUUUGUGUCGGCUUGCAGACGAACUCUUGUUCCGUCAGAUUACAUGGGUAAAGAAGCUGCCAUUUUUUUGUGACCUUUCCAUUAAAGAUUACACAUGCCUAUUGAGUACGACUUGGCAAGAGUUAAUUCUUCUGUCUUCGCUGAUAACUUACAACAAGCAAAUCUUUGGGGAUCUAGCUGACGUCACCUCCAAAUACUCGCCUUCAGAAGCAGAGCUUCAUAGAUUUAGUGAGGAGGGCAUGGAAGUGAUGGAAAGGCUUAUUUACUUGUAUCGAAAAUUCAGCCAGCUGAAGGUUAGCAAUGAAGAAUAUGUCUGCAUGAAAGCCAUCAACUUCCUGAAUCAAGAUAUCCAAGGUCUUAGCAGUGUUUCCCAGCUGGAGCAGCUGAAUAAGAGGUACUGGUACGUGUGCCAGGACUUCACAGAGUAUAGGUAUUCACACCAACCCAACAGAUUCCCAGACCUUAUGAUGUGUUUGCCUGAGGUCCGCUACAUUGCUGGGAAGCUGGUGAAUGUACCCCUGGAGCAACUACCUCUGCUUUUCAAAGCGUUUCUUCACUCAUGCAAAACAAAUGUCAGCAAGGAGUAAGCAUCCAGAUGAAAUGGCUAAAUAACAGCUGCCACAAGUGGCUGCUUUGGAAUUGUUAAAAAAGAAAAAAGACAAUUACUCCCUAUAUGGGAGCCAAAUGUUUGCUUUUUUUUUUUUUUUUUUUUCUUCACUCUUUUCUUAUCUAUUUAUUUCCUGACAGAGUUGAAUGUAGUAUCUUCAACAUGGAUGCACAAAGAAAAAUGCAGUUUCUGCAUUUCAUUGCUGUUUACAGAACUAGGAUUUUUAUGCCUUUUAUUGGGAGGGUUUCUCUUCCUGUAUGGAUGAGAAUAUAAGUGUUAUGGUGUUGCUAUUUUGUGUUUUUAAUUUUGUACUUUUUUUUUAGAUUUAGUUAUUCUUUUGUUGGGAGUGGGGAUGGCAUUUUUGAAUAGUGUUUUGAAUGAAAAAAAAAACUACCUCAAUUUUAAAUUGUUUUGCUUUAUUUUUAAAUAUUUUGGAUUGUAGACAAUACAAUAUUUUAGAUAAACUUGCUGAGAUGAGCCACGUGAUUGUGCCGUUCUUUCAUUUUUUCAGUGUUGUGCAGUGUCUGGCUUUGAACUAAUUUUUAAGGCAUACUUUACCAAAGCUUAAUAUACAUCCUUGGAUAGCAUGUUAUGGUUAGUUAGGACUUGGCUGUAACAUUUGAUAAAAAUAUGACUUGUUGGAACCUGGAUUAAUGCAUCACAUUUACAUAUACACUACUGUGCAAAUGUUUUAGGCAGGUGUGAAAAAAAUGCUGUAAAUUAAGAUUUCUUUGAGAAAUAGAAGUGUUAAUGGUUUAUUUUCAUCAAAGGGGAAAGUAAAUGAACAGAAGAGAAUUCCAAAUUAAAUCAAUAUUUGGGGUGACCAUCCUUUUCCUUCAAGCAUUGAUUCUUCAAGGUACACUUGCAUGCAGUUUUUAAAUGAACUCAUCAGGUAGGUUGUUCCAAUCAUAUUGGAGAACAGAUCUUCUGUGGAUGUAGGCUGCACUCAGUCUCUUCAUGUAGUUCUGGACAGACUCUAUGAUGCUGAUGAGAUUAGGGUUCUGUGGGGGCCAAACAAACCAUAACUUUCAGGGUUCCAUGUUCUUUACGCUGAAGAUUUUGUGUUUUUAAUGACAUUGGCUGUAUGUCUGGGGUUGUUGUCCUGCUGCAAAAUAAAUAUGGGGUCAAUCACACACCUCCCUGAGGGAUGUCAUGAUGGAUAAGUAUCUGCCUAUAUUUCUUGGCUUUGAUGAUACCAUUGAUCCUUACCAAAUUUCCAAUUGCAUUUGCAGAAAUGCAGCCCCAAAUUUGCAAAGGAACCUUCGCUAUUCUUCACUGUUGCCUACAAACACUCAUUAUUGUACCACUCUCUAGCCAUUCAGCAAACAAACUGCCCCCUGCUGUAACUAAAUAUUUAAAAUUUGGACUCAUCAGUCCAGAGCACCUGCUGCCAUUUUUCUGCACCCCAGUUCCUAUGUUUUCAUGCAUAAUUUAGUCACGUUGCUUUGUUUCCAUGUCGGAGGUAUAGUUUUGUGGCUGUAAUUCUUCCAUGAAGACCACUUCUGGCCAGAGAGUGGAUAGGCGUACCAGGGUCCCACUGGUUUCCACCAGUACUGUGCUGAUGGCACUGCUGGACGACUACUUCAAAUAAACUUAAACAACACAGCUUUGAAAUUUUAGCUUGGCAGAGGUGCUUGCUAAUGCAGUAGAACUACCUUGUGUCUUGUUGCUGUGCUCAGUCUUGCCAUAGUGUAUGUGUAUGACUGUGACAUAACACGGUCUUCCACAACCUCACCUUAGUAGCAGAGUUUGGCUGUUGCUCAUCCAGUUUUAAGCCUCCUA